UCCAUGUUUCAGGAGGCCGAUGACUGGGCCGAGCAUAUUCGAAUUCUGAAAACGGCCAUAGACAUGUUUGUGCCCCAUGUGGACCGCCAGAUGCUGGAGGAGUCCUUCUUUUCACAAGUGCUGCCGAAGACUGUGAAGUUAUUUGAUGACAUGAUGUGUGAGUUAACUAGUCAAGCUAAAGGACUCUCGAGCCAAAAUUUGGAAAUCCAGACCACCCUGAGGAAUAUUUUACAAACAAUGGUGCAGCUCUUGGGGGCUCUGACGGGGUGUGUUCAGCAUGUCUGUGCCACGCAGGAAUCUGUUGUUCUGGAACACAUCCAUAGUCUUCCCUCUUCUGUCCUCCGCGUCAUUAAAAGUACAUUCGUCCAUUGUAAGAAUAGUGAGUCUGUCUACUCUGGGCGUUUGCACCUCGUUUCGGAUCUUCUCCAGGCUCUGUUCAAGGAGGCCUAUUCCCUCCAAAAGCAGCUCCUAGAACUGCUGGAUAUGGUCUGCGUGGAACCGGGGGCUGAUGACAACGAUGGGACUGUGGGUAUGGUCCUUGUUAUUCACUCGUUGUUGGACAUCUGCUCUGUGAUUUCCGGUAUGGACCACGCAUUUCAUGCCAACACUUGGAAAUUUAUAAUUAAGCAGAGCCUUAAACACCAGUCGGUUCUGAAGAGUCAGCUGGAACACAGAGCCAUCGUCACAAGCCUGUGCGAGGACAUGCUCUCUGCCUUCCAUUCUUGCCUGCAGCUGGCGGAGCAGAUGGCGCAGGCGACGGCACCGGUGGAAGACGGGGCGACAGCAGUCCGGGAAAAUGCCGACUACAAAUUAUUUCAGAAAACACUCAAAUUGUGUCGUUUCUUUGCUAACUCCCUUUUGCACUACACUAAGGAAUUUCUCCCCUUCCUUGCUGAUUCUUGCUACGUGUUGCACCGACUUUAUCUUCAGAUACACAGCAAGUUCCCUCCGAGCCUGUACGCGCCCAGCAUCUCCAGAGCGCAGCAGGACGAAGUGGCGGCUACUUUCCUGGUGACCCUGGACGCGCUCCUCGGCCAGCUACUUCCGUUCCAGCCUUUUGUGCAGACGGUCUUGGACAGUACGUCAGGGCUGCCUGCCGAACUGCAGCUCCCACACUGCCUCCUGCUGGUCGUGCUCAUGGACAAGCUGCCCUCCCAGCCCGAGGCCGUGCAGGGCCUGUGGUGUGGCCCCCCGCCGGACUCGGAGACCACAGCCAGGCCGGCUCUCGUCAGGGCCCUGUUCUGCAGCUUUGAGCGGUGUUCUGGCGAACUCUCCCUCCCCGUUCACAUGCAGGGAGCCGAGGGCCAGGGGCAGCCCGAGGCCGCCGUCACCUUGUACCAGCACGUCUGUGUCCACCUGUGUGCCUUUAUCGCCUCCUCACACUCCUCGUUCUUCCCCACGCUGGACGCCGCGCUGCUGGCCGCUGUCCUCGGAACGCAGAUGAUCGCCGCCCUGCUGGCCGUGGACGCCUGGUGCUUCCUUGCUCGGUUCGGAACUGCUGAGCUCUGCGCGCACCAUGUCACGGUCGUGGCCCAUCUGGUCAGAUCCUGCCCCGGACCGUGUCACCAGCUCGCCAGCCUGUCGCUGCUGUUACAGCGGCUCCUCUUCUUCAUGACCCCGGCACAGCAGGCAAGGUUCGUCCAGCAGUUUCCCCCCUGGGAGGCCGAGAACUGGCCCCUGUGGCAGCACGUCUCCUUCCGGGCAUUCUCAGCCGAGCUGCGGAGAGACGCGGCCGUGGCACUGAGCCAGGCGGGCGUCCUGCAGUGCCGGCAGUGGCUGGGCGGCCGCCGCACGCUGGCCGAGCUCGACACUCUGGACGCGGCUCUGUCGGCCUUGCUGGCCGUGUGUUCGUCAGCCGGGGACGCUCUGGAUGCCGGGCAACAAGCCGCAGUCGUGGAAGUCGGGAGCCAGCUCUGGACCUGCUUGAGCAGCCAGCAGGUCAUGGGGCACCCUCGUGGCCAGCACACGCUCGGUCUUCUGCUUCCGCUGCUGGGCCUCUUCAUCCCCAAGCUGGACCUGCAGCUGAUCAGCCGGGUGCUGACCGCACAGGCCGUGCUGCUGAGGCUGGCCCCGCCUGACCAUGUGCGUCUGGCCGUGCCCGACUUCGUGUCUUCCCUGGGAAGGCUGGUCAUCCCUGAAGAUGCCCAGGAUCUCAUUCUGCCCGGCCUCGCCGCGGUGCUGGCGCUGCUCCUGGCGGACGGGCCGUGGCUGCUGGAGCAACAGGCCCUCGAGGCCUUCACCCGCUUCGCCGAGGGCACCAGUCACGAGGAGGUGGUCCCGCAGUGCCUCCGCGCGGAGGGGAUGAAGGCCCGAGUCGUGGCCUUUCUCGAGAAGAGUGGGCUCCGGGAGGAGACGGCCGCCGCCAGACUGGAGCGUGUCAAAAGGGAAAAGUGCGUCUACGCGGCGCCCUUGGCAGCAGGAGCCGCCGCCGAGUCCCCGUUAGAGCCUCCAGCCAAGAGAGCCUGUCCGGGGCUCCCGGAGGCCACGCUCCGGGCCGCGCUGCAGGCCGCCAGCCAGGCCCUGGACACCCUCGAGUCGCUGCUGUGUGUCGGGCCCGCUCCGGGCUGGGUGGCGGCCCAGCUGACACCGCUGCUCCGCAGGGCAGAGGCGCUGGGCCGCCUGCUCUAGCCCUUCCCGGCACAGGGGACGGCCCUGCCGAGCGGACUCU